CGAGCGCUCGCGCUCGGGUUUUCCAGCGCCUGCUCCUCCCACCAGAGACACCCUCCCGCCGCUCCCCGCCGGGCCGCGCCGCUCACACGGCUCCGCCGCGCCGUGCGGGACGCGGGCACAGCGCGGCCGCUCCCGCCGCCAGAGAAGAGCUCCCGGGGAAGGGUCCAUGGGCCGGGGCCGAUAGGAGCCCCCCGCCGCCGCCUCGGGCCAUGAGCGGGCAGCGGCGCCUCCGCGGGGGCUGAGCGGGGGCCGUGCCGUGCCGGGCCGUGCCGUGCAUGCCGGCGGGGCGCGUCCCGCGGCGGGGCAGCCCCGCGCCCCCCGCGCCGCCCCGCAGCCCCCGCCGAGCCGCGAUGCCGGCGGCGGGGCGCGGGCAGCCCAGCCCCUGGCUGCUGGUGCUGGGCGCCGCCGCCCCCGCGCUCUGGCUGCGCUGCGUCCUCGCCGACUUCACGGUGGACAACGAGGUGCACUCCAGCUUCAUCCACCGGCGGCUGCGCGGCCCCGAGCGCCGCGAGAUGCAGCGGGAGAUCCUCUCCAUCCUCGGCCUGCCGCACCGCCCGCGGCCCCACCUCCACGGCAAGCACAACUCGGCCCCCAUGUUCAUGCUGGACCUCUACAAUGCCAUGUCCGUGGAGGAGGGGGCGGCGGGGGCCGCCGCCGAGGACGGCGAGGGCUUCUCCUACCCCUACAAGCCCAUCUUCAGCACCCAGGGGCCGCCCCUGGCCAGCCUGCAGGACAGCAACUUCCUCACCGAGGCUGACAUGGUCAUGAGCUUCGUCAACUUGGUGGAGCAUGACAGAGAGUUUCACCAUCAGCGCUGCCACUACCGAGAGUUCAGGUUUGAUCUCUCCAGAAUCCCAGAGGGGGAAGCGGUGACGGCUGCUGAGUUCCGGAUAUACAAGGAUUACAUCCGCGAACGCUUCGACAACGAAACCUUCCAGAUUAGCGUCUACCAGGUCCUCCAGGAGCACCCGGGAAGGGAUUCAGAUUUGUUCCUGCUCGACUCUCGAACGAUCUGGGCUGCAGAGGAAGGGUGGCUGGUGUUUGACAUUACUGCAACCAGCAAUCACUGGGUGGUGAAUCCCCAACACAACCUUGGCCUACAGCUCUCCGUGGAAGGCACUGAUGGGCAAAGCAUCAACCCCAAGCUGGCGGGUCUCAUCGGAAGGCACGGCCCUCAGAACAAGCAGCCCUUCACUGUCGCCUUCUUCAAAGCCACCGAGGUCCAUCUCCGCAGUAUUCGCUCCACGGGAGGGAAGCAGAGGAGCCAGAAUCGAUCCAAAACGCCAAAGAACCAGGAAGCUUUCCGGGUGUCAAACAUUGCAGAGAACAGCAGCAGUGACCAGAGACAGGCCUGCAAGAAGCACGAGCUCUACGUCAGCUUCAGGGACCUGGGGUGGCAGGACUGGAUCAUCGCUCCGGAGGGCUACGCUGCCUAUUACUGUGAAGGAGAAUGUGCUUUCCCGUUGAACUCAUACAUGAAUGCUACAAACCAUGCCAUUGUACAGACACUGGUUCACUUUAUAAACCCAGAGACUGUGCCGAAACCCUGCUGUGCUCCUACACAACUCAAUGCCAUCUCAGUGCUCUACUUUGAUGACAGCUCCAAUGUUAUCUUAAAAAAAUACAGGAACAUGGUGGUACGGGCAUGUGGCUGUCAUUAGACUUGUAGGAAAGAAAAAGAAGGAAGAAAAAAGUUAUUUGUAAAGAGUGGGUUUGUAUGGCUAUGUGGGGGAGGGGAAAAUUUUAGCGCUCCAGCCAUGGGUUUAAAAAAAUCCCAAACAGUUUUUAGGACCAGGCCUCUGAAAGAUCAGACAAUGGAACAGUUUCUGGAUCUAAAGUGGCAUUUGAACACAUUUUGUUUUAGUUUAUUGCAGACAAUGAGCUUGUAAACUGAAACAAGCCAGAGAAACGGUUUAAAACCUAAUCUGCCUACAAAAUUGGCUCCUACAAUACAUACUUUUGCAGAUGAGUCUUUCUGAAGAUUGCAAACUCACCAGUGUUGAUUGUGAGUUAAACAGUAAUAAUCUAUCUGAGGUGAGACUGUGCUGUGACUAAUAAGUGUGUGUAGUUCCUGUAACACAGUUUGCAAUAAAAUAACUGAACAAAAUAUACCUGGAGUGAACAGGUAUUUUGUUAGAGAAUUAUUACUUCCAUCCCUCUGCUUCAAUUUCAUGAGCAAAACCAAAGAUAAUUACGUGCAACUUCCAGUUUUAAAAUACAGUAGCAAAAGCUGGAUGUGGAUUUACACAAAUUCAAAGCACGGACCAGGCUAAGAAAAUAAUAAUUAAUUGGCAAGCAAAAGAACUGAAGGAAAUGAUUCCAAAGAGCAGGACUUCUGGGGCAUACUUUUAUUAUCGACAGGGAAGGAAAUUUCCUCUUGCAACCAGAAAGUAUUUGAAUUUGCUAUAAAUUUGUAACACGAAGCAGCAAAAUGCUGAGAAACAGAGAUUAACCUAACUUUUAGCUGGGGUAUCCUAAGCAGUUAUGGAGCUGUGUACUCCAGCUAAAGAUCCCACUGCUGUUUGGAAAAUGUCCAUUGACUUCACUGGGGGAACAAGUUCCAGCACUUUUUGGAGAACAUGAAGGCUCAAGUGCAGAAGGUGCUGUAAGCUGGGGCAUACACCCAGUACCACACAGACUAGAAACAAGCUGGGAAACCUUCCUUCCCAGGGGCAGUGCUUCUGAUAAACCCUCUGCUCUGUUGGCUUCUCCUCAAAAAAACCCACAAAAAAAAAUCCCUUUCAAGAGCCCCCAAGAAGCUGAAACCAGAAGCAACAAAAUGUCCCCUCAAGGCUCUUGUUUUUCCUUCUUUAAAAGUCACAGGUUACACAAACAUCACACUUAAGUAAUUAAAACUCUAUUAAAGUUAUUGCAAAGAAGAAUACAAAGUUGCAGCAACCAAUCACAAACCAAUUCCCCACUUUGGCUGGUUACCAAAGGAGGACUGGCAUAAAUUUCGCCAUGAGGAUAAAAAGAAAAUUCUGCCCAAUAAAACAACAGGUCCGCAGCACACCCAGCUCUAAAUCUCCAAACUUCAAAAACCUAAACCUCCAACAGAUGGGUCCAGGACAUAAUAAAUCCCUGGAGAUGGGUCUCUGCUCAGCAAUGUAGCUGCAGUGGGAACUUGGCUCUGUAUUUUGCCUUAGAGGAGAGUUAGAGAAAGAAGAUAAAUGAACACAACCACCCCAUUCGGGACAUCACUCACUGCUCUUCUCCCUUUAAGUCACAGAUCAAAUCCAGACCAGAUGCCUCACUUUAAAAAGAAUAAGCAAAGGAACUAAAAAAACUCCUACUGCCUAUGAAAUAAAUUGGAAACUUGUUUAUGAUGGUCUAAUUCUAAUCUCAUCUAAGUCAAUUGGUGUUUUCCCAGCAGUUUUCUCAGUAGCAGGGUUAGGCUGAUGGGAAAGUGGAAGUCCCCCCACGACGUCGGUAGGUUUUGGAGCGGGGCCUGGGUGAGCAGUUGCUACGUUGGCAGAUGUGUCUGGCAUCCUACCCGGGCAACUCCAACCUCUGCAGGACCAACCUGGCUGCAUCAGGCACGUUCCACCAGCAGGACUCUACCCAAGGUGAGACCUUGGCCAAAGAGUUACAGGCAGCCCCACGGCAGGACAACAGCUGAAGCCAAAAGACCAUCUCUCCUGCAGACAUGCAGACAUGCUCCUGCAGAGCCUGCAGACAUGACCAUGUCCUGAUAAACAGCCAAAACUGCCCUCAGUGCAUCACUUAUUUAGGCUGGGGAAUUGAAGUCACAUUGAUGGGAAGCAUCUUUUGACAUUGCAUACGUAUAUACACCUCCUAAAGGAAGUGAAGGUGCUGCCUAGAAAGUUAAAAGCUGAUCAUGCCUAAACUUCCACUAUUUAGUAGUCAAGGAGUAGUUGUUUCUUUUGGGUGUUUCAGUGUUGGUGGUCACUGUGUUGGUGUAUUGCAUUUUUAACUUGGACCACAGUAUCUUGCUGUAUAGGAUUCAUAUAUUAAAUAUUAUGUGGGGAUUGUUUCUGUUUUGGUUUUUUUGUUGUUGUUUUUACACAUAAUAACAAGAUUUCUGUUGCUAGGCUCAACAUCAGCUUCACUGUUUGUACAUUUUUAUGUAAAUAGUUGUCACAGGCGGAAGAAGAAUUAUUUAUUUCCAUCUCUGAAUUCCUUUUCAAUCACAUCCAGGAAAGAUGAUUCUCAGUUCCUAAACACAUUUGUUUCCUUAUUUAAGAAGAUAUUUAUUAACAGUUGGCAAAAAUGCAUACACAUUUCUGGUUCUUUUCUUAGAGCAGUUGUCAGAAGCCUUUUUGUACGAACUAGUAAAAUAAAUCAUUGCAACUUUACAAAAGAUA